UGAGUCUACGAUUCCAUGGGUCCUUACGGCACCCUGCGGAUCUCUCCGAGUCUCGCUUUUUGCGCAUGCGCACACCCGAAGGCCCCGCGCACGCGCCCCCCCCCUUGAGUAAAGGCGGCGCUGUGCGGAGCGUGCGCGGUGCAUGCGCAGAGAGCGCGCGGCCCGGCCGCGAGGGGAGCCAGGCUGCCAUGAGCGCGGCGGAGCCGCAGGGCGCCGGGCUGCGCUUCGCCGAGCGGGAGCUGAGGCGGCACGGAUGGACGUGGGGCCGCGGGCUGGGGAAGUGGGAGGACGGCAUCGCGCGGCCCAUCCGCCCGAGCGUCAAGUGCGGCACCGCGGGGGUGGGGCACGACGCUGCCGAGCAGUUCUCCUUCCACUGGUGGGAUCACGUCUUCAACGAGGCGGCGGCCAACAUCGCCGUGCGGGACGGGCAGGACGGGGUCUGUGUGGAGGCACGUUCAGAGCAGCGCUUUGGGCUCAGCACUAAGAAGCCCCACAAGGUGCCCCCCCCGGGCGGGGGGGGGGGGGG